AAGAUUCUAAGGACCCAGUCACGUUUUAUCAUGCAGGUUGAAGUUCAUUGUCAUGAGUCUUGUCCUGGAGGCAGAACUGAGCGAUGUCCCCUUUCAGAAUGUGAAUAUGUGCAUGAGCUCGGCAAGUAUGCAUGUCUCUCGUGCAUAUAUUUUUAUAUUUUGAGCAUGCUUCAGGAAAUCUGAACGCACUACCAGCGCUUUGAAAAGUUUAGCAGCCAUGCUACGGAGAAGCAGGAACAGCCGAGCGCCGCACUACGUGUGGAGUGACAUCCGACGAGACAUUGACGCCGUGGUACUGGUGAAUGACAGAGAAGAGUGGGGCAACGAACACACACAGAUCAGCGACUCGGACUCAGAAGUGGAUUACCUGGCCGUCACCCCGGAGGUGACAGACGUUGUGCCCGACACGGUGCCUGUGACAGGGGAGUCCUACUGUCACUGUGACGCCCAGGAGGAAACAAGCCCUGGGGCUCAGCUGCAGGGCUUCCAGCCCCUCAAUGACUGCCUGUGUGGAGAGGAGGACCAGGGUUUCGACUGGGUGUGGGACGAGGGCGUCAAGUCCAAUGCAGCGCUCCUGAGCUGUGACAACCGCAAGGUGAGCUUCCACUCUGAGUACAGCUGUGGCACAGCCGCCAUCCGCGGCACCAAGGAGCUGACAGAUGGACAGCACUUCUGGGAGAUCAAGAUGACGUCACCCGUCUAUGGCACAGACAUGAUGGUGGGCAUCGGGACCGCUGAGGUCAACCUGGACAAGUUCCAACACAGUUUUUGCAGUAUGCUGGGGAUGGAUGAGGACAGCUGGGGACUUUCCUACACAGGUAUGCUUCAGCACAAAGGGGACAAGGUGAAUUUCUCGUCCCGUUUUGGCCAAGGCUCCAUCAUAGGGCUGCACCUUGACACGUGGCAUGGAACCCUUACCUUCUAUAAGAACCGCCGCUGUAUAGGUGUGGCCGCCACCAGGCUGCAGAAUAAGAAGUUCUACCCUGUGGUGUGCUCCACUGCAGCCAAGAGCAGUAUGAAGGUGAUCCGGUCCUGCUACACGCCCACCUCCCUGCAGUACCUCUCUUGCUCUCGCUUGCGCCAGCAGCGGCCCGACCGCCCUGACAUCCUGAACGUGCUGCCCCUGCCCCCGGGCCUGCGCCACCUCCUCCACAACCAGCUUGGCUGGGUGUUCACCCUCAGUAACGGCGCCCCCGAGCAGUCUGAGGACUUGAUGGAGGACUUGAAUGAAGACUUCUUUGAUGACUUUGCAGUGGAGUUGCCUGAUGACUUGCCUGAGGAGUCUAGUCCAUGCCCGAGCCCCUGUCUCAGCCAGGUGCCCACCCUAAGUGCCUGCUCCUUCCCUAGCCCUGUACCCAAUCAUGCCAAUGCCCCUGCCUCCUCUCGUCCAGUUCCCAGCCCUGCCUCUCCCUGUGCCCCUGCCUCCUCUCGUCCAGUUCCCAGCCCUGCCUCUCCCUGUGCCCCUGCCUCCUCUCAUCCAGUUCCCAGCCCUGCCUCUCCCUGUGCCCCUGCCUCCUCUCGUCCAGUUCUCAGCCCUGCCUCUCCCUGUGCCCCUGCCUCCUCUCGUCCAGUUCCCAGCCCUGCCUCUCCCUGUGCCCCUGCCUCCUCUCUUCCAGUUCCCAGCCCUGCCUCUCCCUGUGCCCCUGCCUCCUCUCGUCCAGUUCCCAGCCCUGCCUCUCCCUGCACCCCUGCCUCUCCCUGCGCCCCUGCCUCUCCCUGCGCCCCUGCCUCCUCUCGUCCAGUUCCCAGCCCUGCCUCUCCCUGUGCCCCUGCCUCCUCUCGUCCAGUUCCCAGCCCUGCCUCUCCCUGUGCCCCUGCCUCCUCUCUUCCAGUUCCCAGACCUGCCUCUCCCUGUGCCCCUGCCUCCUCUCGUCCAGUUCCCAGCCCUGCCUCUCCCUGUGCCCCUGCCUCCUCUCGUCCAGUUCCCAGCCCUGCCUCUCCCUGUGCCCCUGCCUCCUCUCGUCCAGUUCCCAGCCCUGCCUCUCCCUGUGCCCCUGCCUCCUCUCGUCCAGUUCCCAGCCCUGCCUCUCCCUGUGCCCCUGCCUCCUCUCUUCCAGUUCCCAGCCCUGCCUCUCCCUGUGCCCCUGCCUGCCCACCCUUCCAGGGAGCAACUCAGACAGUGGGGACAUGACUUUUCUUUUCAAAUAUCCACUCAGAAAUGUUAGAUAAAGUUGGCACUUUAUCUCUUCUGAACCUUUCUAUAAAUGCCAUUACCAUCUACUUGUGGAAAAGUCCACAAGAGUGGAAGAGUUUUAUCUUAGCUCAGAUUUCUAUGCACUUUAAGAGUGGAAUGCUCGCUCACCCUCGAGACUGUCCUUACAAACUCUCCCCAGUUUGCCUGGCUGAAGGGAAGGGGAAGACAGCCACCCCGGAUAUCCACUACCCCGUUCAAGUCAGAUGACUUAGUUCUAAAUCUAAUGUUAUCUACUGUAUGUACACUCCCUAUACUGAAUGAUUGGAUCCCUUGAUAAAGAUGAGCAAAAAAUACACUAUAAAAUAUAAUACAAAAUACUGUGCUAUAUU